AUGGCUGGGAAAUCUCAUGGAAAUUGUGUCGAACGCAUGAUGAAAAUAGAAACUGAACAUUUUAAUGACAAUUCUUGCAGAAUUUCAAUAUCGAGGCAAGCAAGCAUCAAUGCUUCUGUAGUUGAACAAAAGAGGUUGCUGGAUGGAAAUAAACUGAUAAAAAAUAUUUUUUUUUCUAUUCGCAUUUAUUCAUUUUUACUCUCGAUUCUCGUUUUAAGCGUUCGAUGGUUUGAGGCCGAAAUUUUCUGUGCUUAUACACAAAUACUUUAUGGGGUUGCCAUAGAAACGAAAUGGAUUAAAUACAUCCUUAGGUGUAGAGUCUCUAGGGAUGUCACGAAGACUUCAGCACGAUGCAUAUAUGAUUUGAUUAGACAAACGAAAAAAAAUAUUCACCAUAGAAAUGAAAGGAUAUGUUGGCAUAAUAUUGAUUAA